AUGUGGCUCUUUCGAGUCUUCUCGUCGGCCGUCUUCCUCGCCGUCACGGUCUCUUCCAUCCCUCUGGCCUUUGACGUGGGCGGGAAGACAUGUGGUCUGGCCUUCUCCCUAUCGCUCGCAACCUUCUACUUCCUCUUCUCGCUGUUGCGCCUCGCCACCCCUGAGCGCUCAUGGUUUCGCUCAUCGCUUGUCGCCGUCAUCCGCUCUACGCAAUGGAUUAUAAUUCCGAUCUUGUUGAUUUGGUCCCUGAAUCGGUUCUCGGUCGACCCGGAGAAUAGCAGUGGGUGGGUGGAGCGCACCUUCAGCGGGAACCGAGCCCAGGAUAGCUCCAUUCAGGAAUGGCUCUUCGGUCGGGAUGGCUUGGUCGAAACAGUCACUCUGGGUAACUGGGACCGACUUCUGCGAUGGUCCACACCUGUGUUCCAGCUAGCGGAGGGGUUCUGCAGUCUUUUGGUGAUCCAGGCCGCCGGCCAAAUCACCCGCUGGCUCGUGAACCGAGGCGGGCGCAGUGAUAGCUGGAUGAUCGGUCUGCUCGUUCUAUCGGCUACUGUGAUCUCUAGUUCCGUCUACUUCCUUUGGCGCGUUCUUCAGUUCCCCGAGAUUUCCAAUGUCGAUGCAGCUCUGAUCGGCGUCUCCAUUACUUGCGCGGUCAUUCUGUGCGCCUGGGGGAUAGGUAGUGGACGUGGAAACCCAGUGGAGAGCUCCUUGCUCUUCGCCUACAUCGUCCUCUAUCUUUACAGAUUACCAACCGUCAUACCCGGUCGAGCAAAUUCCGUCUCCUGCGCAAGCAGGCGACUUCCCCCGCUUCCGCCCAUUUUCAUGGCAUCAUACACCACUCUUAUGCACGCUUUGUCUCUACUACCCUCGAUCAUCCACGCCGCUUUCAACGUCAUCACGGCUGUCUUUAGCGCGGUCACUCCGUCAGUCUUGAUCUCUCUCGCAUACCGUCUCCUUGUGCUGUAUGCAUCAACACGUAUCAUUCCGGCGGUGCGUGAAUCCGGAGCCCGUGCGCUCUCCCAGGAGGCUUCUCUCGAAGACUCCGAUGCCGCUGGUCAAGUCCUGGCAUUCCUGAGCUACUUUUCGCCGUCGAUCCUCAUUGCUGUUUACACCAGUCUUCUGAUGCAGCAUUUCUCGUCCACCUCACAAGCAAUGGGAGGUGUUGGCGAAUGGUGGAGCACUCAAGGCGCAGGUGGAAGCAACCUCUGGCGCUGGAUCAACCUGGCCUGCACUACGGCAUUAUAUGCAGUUGAGCUUUGGCUUGGGGAACAUAACGAUCUUGACAAUGGGCUGACUGGCCAUUGGAAGACCGAUUGA